CAAAAAUGGACGAAGAAGUAGUGUUAGAAUUGGCGUCCCAACAAGCCAUCAAGUUUUUGCUCGCCGAGCCAAAAUUUGCGGAAAAAUGGCAGAUGGAGAUAGCGAAAGGACUGAGGGAGGACUUAAAGAACCCCUCCACGUCAACUACCUCCUCAAAUCCCGCUGUAACAUCAAUAGAGUCCACGUGCUCAGAGCUGACGAGCACAAUACAAUACGUCAUCGACACUUUCGAGGCGCAAGUAGACCCCCGAAAUUGCUACAUUUCCCCGGGAAAAGCUGGAAAUCGCGACGCCGCCGCACUUUUCGAGGCGGGACUCCGCGUGGAAAAGCUCGCCGGGCUGGAUAUGCAGAGCUCCGCCGCGAUGACGAAAAAUGAAGAAAAUUGCAUGCACAUUGGAGCCGCCUGUCGACGUGUCAGCCAAGUGCUCAAAUCGUUUGGUAAACGGUUUCAGGGCCAACCCUCACUGGAAAUUCAAUCGAUUCUCCCAAUCAUCCAUCGCCUCUGCCGUCUAUUCUACACAAUUUCCCACGAAAUUUGCAGAUUUUCUACGAAUUUUCGGUCGAAAGACCGGAAAUUACUGAAAACUUGCGGAAAAUCGAUAGAAAUCGCGGCGAAUGAGUUCAAUUUGCGGAUUGUCGCCGAAAUUGAAAUGAUCGAAAAUCAUCUGAAAUUCGAUGAAAAACGCCGAGAAAAACGUCCACCACCGCCCACGCAUCAGCACCGCCCGUCAAACGGCCACGUUUCUUCCAUGACACGUCAUCAGCGCCACCUUGCCACGUCGAUAAAUGACGUCAUCAACGGGCGCCAAGUGACGUCAUCGAUGAGCUCAGAGCUCGUGAGACGGGCGAUGCCACGUCAUCCGCCCGGCGGAAUUGCCACGUCGAUUGUCAGCGAGCAUCGCGGAUAUCUGAUGGAUGAUAACUUGAAAAAAGCACGUCAACGCAUCGCCCAUGUUCAUCCAAAACGACGCAUCGGGCACGUGGCGCUGGAUCUGAAUAUCGACAAAAAUUCGAGUUUCGCUCCGCCGCCGCCGCCGCCACUGCAAAAAAUCAAUAAUGACGGCGUCGACGACGAUGAUGAUGAUGAUGACGUCAUCAUGCGUUCAGCACGGAAAAUGACGGAAUUGGUGUUGGCUGAUAUGCGAAAAUCUAUGAAUUUUUAAUUUUUUUUAAAAUUUGUCAAAUUUUGCGCCAAUGUUUUGUUUUACGUGUGUCGAUUUACGGGCAUUUUGUAUGAAGAUUUUUUGAAAUUG